UGUUGACCCCAAACUAUUCGACCCAGACCCGCUGGCUGCAGUACGGAUGGCGGUGUCAUCGAUGACUUUCUGAGGCAGCACUAUCUCCACUGGCUCGAAGCUCUCGCACUUUGCAGGAGCAUGUCGCAGGGAGUAUUGUCAAUGGCAAAGCUCGAGAGCAUUCUUCAGCAAAAGAACAUUGCAUCACAAUUACCAAGGCUGGUUUAUGACAUGCGCCGAUUUGUUCAAUACUGCAGUCAGCUAGUUGAAAACUAUCCACUUCAGGUAUACGCUUCAGCACUUGCGUUCAGCCCUGCCAGAAGCAUGACACGAAAUCUGUACAAGAGGGAAUUGAGGUGGAUUACUGCCGGGCCGGUUGUAGAAGAAGAUUGGAAUGCAUGCACACAGACGCUUGACGGGCAUAGCGGUUGAGUCAGGUCCGUCGCGUUCUCACCCGACUCGAAGCUCGUUGCGUCCGGGUCAAGCGACAACACCGUCAAGAUCUGGGAUGCGGCGACUACCGUCAAGAUCUGGGAUGCGGCAACGGGCACAUGCACUACGACGCUUGACGGGCAUAGCG